GGGUGAUAAAAUUUAACGUGGCUGCGUAACUGGAUUGGAGAGAACCUCAAGCUGAAACUUAUCUGCGGCCGCUGUUAUCGCCUUGAAUAUGUAAUCGAAGAGGAAACAGACUGGUUUGGAAAUCCCCAAGCGAGGGUGACGGACUGACUAUAAGAGGCGACGAGACUGAGUGAAACCAGUCGUCAGGAGGGUGUUGGGAAGGUCGCCCGUUGUUCUUCCUCGUCUCCACAUCACCAACAUACCCACACACACACACACACAGUUACACGAACACACACACACGCACACUCAUAUUCACCUGUCCUAAACGUCCUGCCAACCCGUCCAACCCAGACCGUCUAGCAAAAAAUAAAACGAGAGGUGUUGACACGACGAUCCUCCGGGACUCAAAGGAAAUGAACACCAACACCCAGGGCAGUCCACGGGAAACGAGAUCCUGGUAAUAUAAAAACCAAGUCACAACGAGGCGCAUAAAGUGGUAAAGAGGAGGAAGUGAGCGGCUGAAAGCAAAAGGACAAUAGUGGAACGUGCGCGAGAAGACGGAGGAAGAGAACACGAAUAAUACUCAAUAAGAAUAAUCGCAAUACAUCGACAACUAAACAUGUGGUCAACAAACACACACAGACGGAGGGGCGGGAUCCUGACGGCGGUGGUGGUGGCGGUGGUGACGGCGGUGAUGGUGGCGUCAGAGGAAGAGGUGAAGGACGCUGCAAACUCAUACUCUCCAUGCGUCAGACCAAUGGGAGCAAAGUGCGAACCGGAGUCCAAACUCUCCGACAAGAUCGUUGGAGGUCACAUUGCUGAGCCAGGGUCGACGCCGUGGCUGGUAUCACUGCAGGACACCCACUACGCAGAACCGGUGCCCUUCUGCGGCGGGACGCUCCUCUCUCACUCCUGGGUCCUCACCUCGGCCACGUGCGUCUACAGCUACCAAAAGAAUUACGCCAACAUACAGGUCGUCCUGGGGGAGUACAAUAUGGCAGAGAUCGAUGGUUUUGAGAGAUUCCGCCGGUUGAGCCUCAUAAUGCUACACCCGGAUUACGACCCUUACACCCACAACGCCGACAUCGCCAUCCUCAGACUGAGCUUCUACGUCUUGUACAGCGAGCGAAUUGACGUCCUGAAGCUGCCCGCCUGGAAGUUCGAGGAGGAAAGGAGAGGAGAGCAGUUGAUGGCAGAACAGGGCGACUGCGAGGAGGACAAAGGGUGUGGUGGGAACAACAAUAACCUCUACACCAUAGCGGGCUGGGGGCGGGUGAGCGAGACUGGACUCUUUUCCUCGGUGGUUCGCAAGGCGCAGAUCCCCCUGGUGGCCCAAGAAAUCUGUCAGGAAGUGUAUGCAGAGUUUACCGACACCAUGAUUUGUGCUGGCAACCUCACGCAUGGGGGUUUCGAUUCGUGUCAGGGUGACAUGGGCGGGGCGCUGGCCACCUCGGACGGAUACAUCAUCGGGGUGUCAUCCUGGAGUAUCGGGUGCGGGCGUCCAGGAUAUCCGGGCGUGUACACAGACGUUACGAAGAUGAUCGAUUGGAUAUGUUCUGUGACCGACAAAUCGGAGCGCCACGCCUCCGACGACCUGGUUUCCUGUAGACACGAUUAGCUAGCUACACGAACUCACUGGCUGACAACGAAUGGCUGAUCUCGGGGUGUGCUUUGAGUGUGGUUGAGGAUGGAGGUGAAGGACGGUGAAGAGAUGUGUGAGAAUAGUUGUGUAUAAGAUAAGGAUGGGAUGAUGUGUGUGUGUGUGUGUGUGUGUGUGUGUGUGUGUGACGAAAAUAAAACCAAAACAAAGAAACACACGUAAAACAACACAGUGAUCUUAAAACAGAGGAAAGGCAUAACGGAGAAGAAAAACAACACGAGAGAGAGAGAGAGAGAGAGAGAGAGAGAGAGAGAGAGAGAGAGAGAGAGAGAGAAUUGAAUGUCUUAGCCGUGAGUCUUGUAAUGGCGUGGGAGUCAUCGAAGCCUGAACUGCUCGAACUACGGGUGAAGGGGAAACGUGAUUUGCAAAGUGUGGAAAAUAAAAUAAAGGGGCGUAAACUG